AUGUCGUCCAGCACCGCCACGUCGUCCAGCACCACCUCCAGUACCGCCUCCAGUACCGCCACGUCGUCCAGCACUGCCUCCAGUGCCGCCACGUCGUCCAGCACCGCCUCCAGUACCACCACGUCGUCCAGCACCGCCACGUCGUCCAGCACCACCUCCAGUACCGCCUCCAGUACCGCCAUGUCGUCCAGCACUGCCUCCAGUGCCGCCAUGUCGUCCAGCACCGCCACAUCAUCCAGCACCACCUCCAGUACCGCCUCCAGUACCGCCACGUCGUCCAGCACCGCCUCCAGUACCGCCACGACGUCCAGCACCGCCACGUUGUCCACCACCGCCAUGUCGUCCAGCACCGCCACGUCGUCCAGCACCACCUCCAGUACCGCCUCCAGUACCGCCACGUCGUCCAGCACCGCCUCCAGUACCGCCACGACGUCCAGCACUGCCACGGCGUCCAGCACCGCCACGUUGCCCAGCACUGCCUCCAAUACCGCCACGUUGUCCAGCACCACCACGUUGUCCAGCACCGCCACGUCGUCCAGCACCGCCACGGCGUCCAGCACUGCCACGUUGUCCAGCACCGCCACGUUGUCCAGCACCGCCACUAAUUAG